UAGUUUUAUUAUACAAAAGACUCCCUGUCAAAUGCCCCAAACCAGUGUUUUUGAGGAGCAUUUGUCUUACAGCUAGAGUUUGGCUAGUAGCCAACCAAAAACCUAAAAUAAAGAUCACUGAUACAGACAAGAUUGUCCAAGAGAUCAGACAAACACUUGCUUCCAUUCUUCUCCACCAUCUCCUCCUCCUACAACCACCUUCACCACUUCCACUAGUUAGGGGUUUUUCAUCUGCAGCUCCAGAUCCCUCUCUCGGACGUGGAGGGACAGUAGUGUUUCAAUAUUUAUAUAUACAUAGAUAUAUAUAUAUAUAUAUACACAUAUACGUAAGCCUAUACAUGGGACAGGAUAGUUUCACGCCGCAGAAGAGAGCAACUGGCGGAGGUGGACUUCCGACCACAAACGGAAGAGGGGGCCGUGCAUUAGGCGGCAUGCCACGUGGCAGGCAGAUCCACAAGACAUUCAACAACAUCAAGAUCACAAUCCUCUGCGGCUUCGUCACCAUCCUUGUCCUCCGUGGCACAAUCGGCGUCGGCAAUCUUGGUAGCUCGGACGCCGACGUCGUCAACCAGAAUCUAAUUGAGGAGACCAAUCGGUUUCUGGCCGAGAUCAGAUCCGAUGAUGACCCGACCGACCCGGAAGAUCCAUCUCAAUCCAAUUUCAACCCAAAUGUAACAUACACCCUUGGCCCGAAGAUCUCCAAUUGGGACCAAGAGCGGAAGGCUUGGCUUGAACAGAACUCGGAGUUCCCAAAUUUCAUCAAUGGCAAGGCUAAGAUCUUGCUUUUGAGUGGGUCGCCUCCGAAACCGUGUGAUAAUGCUAUUGGGGAUCAUUACCUCUUAAAAUCAAUUAAGAACAAGAUUGAUUAUUGUAGAAUUCACGGGAUCGAGAUUGUGUACAAUAUGGCUCAUUUGGAUAUGGAGCUUGCAGGUUACUGGGCAAAAUUGCCGAUGAUUCGGCGAUUGAUGCUUUCGCAUCCGGAAGUGGAGUGGAUAUGGUGGAUGGAUAGUGAUGCUUUGUUUACUGAUAUGGUGUUUGAGAUACCCUUGAAUAAGUACGAGAAUUCCAAUAUGGUCAUUCAUGGCUACCCGGAUUUGUUCGACCAGAGAUCGUGGAUUGCAUUGAACACUGGGAGUUUCUUAUUCAGGAAUUGCCAGUGGUCUCUGGAUCUGCUUGAUGCUUGGGCUCCGAUGGGUCCCAAGGGCCCGAUCCGGGAAGAGGCUGGGAAGAUAUUGACAGCGAACUUGAAGGGGAGGCCAGCAUUCGAGGCUGACGAUCAGUCGGCCCUGAUAUAUUUGCUACUUACACAGAAGCAAUGGAUGGAGAAGGUGUUUUUGGAGAAUCAGUACUACUUGCACGGGUACUGGGCGGGAUUGGUGGAUCGAUACGAGGAGAUGCUGGAGAAGUAUCAUCCAGGGUUGGGGGAUGAGAGGUGGCCUUUUGUGACACAUUUUGUUGGUUGCAAGCCUUGUGGACGCUAUGCUGAUUAUUCUGCUGAGAGGUGCUUGAAAAGCAUGGAGAGGGCUUUCAAUUUUGCAGAUAAUCAGGUGCUUAAGCUGUAUGGGUUUGGGCAUAGGGGAUUGUUGAGCCCCAAGAUUAAGAGAAUCAGGAAUGAAACAGUUACUCCUUUGCAGUAUGUAGACCAGUUUGAUAUCCGUCAUCAAGAGCUUGGGAAGAAUGGAUCUCUAAGCUAACAGAGAAACUUCACAUCUUCCCUGUGUCAUAAUCUGUAGAAAAUCAUUCAGCUGUUGUGUCAAAUCGCUCGAAUGAACGAGCUACUGCUAACUCAACACAGUCUCAUGGCUUCAAAACUUUUAAAUUAGGUUUGAUCAGGGAGGUAACUGCAAUCCAAUUCUUGCCCUUUAAGCCAGUGGAGAGCAAUUACGGGCUACUAUCAGCAUUUCGCUGUCAUUUGCUUGAAUUUUGAUUCUCCCAUGUCUUAUGGCUAUGAUUGCCUUGUGGGUUCCUGAGAAUACCCUCCAUAUAUUUGUUCCAGCACUUCCGGAUGGAAAAUAGAACUCUUAAUUUCAAGCAUCAUGGAUCUGUAUGCAGUCGAACAAGGGACUCACAGAUGGACAAUCUGCAAUGAAUACUAAUGUAAGCAUUCUGGAGUUGGGCAAAUAGAACUUUUUGUACAUAUGUUUAUGGUAUAUUCAUCUUGUUGAACUAUUUUGACCUUAUUAAUCUGUUAUUUCUGAGAUUCACUAA